GUCUGUCAUUGUCAUAAUUAGUUUCAAGUUUCAUUGACCCUGUUCUGUUUCUGUGGUUUUAAAUAUUUUACUUUUUAAAACUCUCGACUGUGUAAAAGUAAUUACUUUGAAUUAGAAAUCAAAUAAGCAUCUCAUAAUGGGCGUUGAUAUUUUGGGAUUUGCUUACGCUGCUACCGUAGCGGCCGGCGGAAUUAUGGGUUACGCUAAAGCAGGAUCAAUACCAUCUUUGGGAGCAGGACUUAUUUUCGGAUCAAUCCUAGGUGUAGGUGCAUACCAGCUGAGUCAAGAUCCCUCAAACUACACUCUCAUGUUAGGCACCACAACAACUCUCGGAGGUCUUAUGGGAUACAGAUUUUACAACAGCAGAAAGUUCAUGCCAGCAGGUCUAGUAUUUGUCUUGUCUGUGGGAAUGCUUGCAAAAUUGAUGGUCAAAAAUGUUGGAACAAAAUCAGCAUUUCCCGUGAAGACAGGUUGAAGAUUGACAUUUUACAAGUUCUAAUUUAGUUUUAAGAAUGUUUAUGUUUAAGAAAACUCAAUUCCUUGAAAAGGGAAUUUGUCAAUUUUAUACUCUGUGAACAAUUUUAUUAUCUGUGGAUUUAAUUUUAUUUCUUUAUCUGUAACGGGUUUCGAUAUAUCUGUGGAUUGUUAUUAAUUUAUUUGUUAAAAAAUAUGUAUAAAAUAGUCAUUGGUGUUGGAAUAUGAAAUUUGUAUUGGGUACAAAUAAAUAAAUAAAACAAAUGUUCA